AUGGGUUGCAAACGUAAAUUUUCCUCAGAAGAUGAAUAUCGUUUAGAAAAAAACCGUCGUGAUCGUCAAAGAUAUAUGAAGAAAGCAGUUCAACAUAAAAAGGCAGCUCUUUUGCCUAUUGAACCACAGAGUGCAGAAACGCAGGUUUUACCUAUGACCGCUGUUCCUGAGGCUACUGAACACAACCUUUUUGAUGUUCCUGUUCGUGAUGAUUUCCCACCUAAACAUACAGUCGGUUGUUCUUGUGUGGAUUUGCCUAUGUUUCUGCUUCCACAUAACACAGAUAUUCCAUCUACUUUAGCUGCGUCUACUACUGAUCCACCCUCAUACUCAACCAUGAACGAAGGCUCUAAUAUAGCAACAUCUUCAGACUUUCGACUUGGUAAUCAUCGAUGCCGAACAAAUAUACCAUUGAUAGAGCGGAUACAAUCAGAGCCAAGUAUAUUGCCAUCUGUUCCAGAGUGUAUUCACUGCCAUGCUAAAAGAUACUACAUGGAGCCGCCUCGAUUCUGCUGUGCUUCUGGAGAGAUUAAAUUAGCCCCAACCAAAAUGCCUGGUAGAUUAGUGCAGCUUUAUAAAGCAAACACUCCUGAAUCAAAAGAAUUUAGACAAUGUGUUAGGAGUUAUAAUAACAUGUUUGCUUUCACGUCUUUGGGGGUCCAUUAUGAUAAAGAUCUCAGCAAGAGGAACGAUGGCAUCUACACCUUCAGGGUACAAGGACAAAUAUAUCAUUUUAUGAACUCAUUACUUCCUUCUGCUGAUGACAAGGCAUCGAGCUUGCAGUUGUAUUUUUAUGAUACAGAACAUGAGUUAGCAAAUAGAAUGGCUAUCUCAGAACUUCAGGACCUAGACAGAUAUGGGAUAUUUCUAAAGCCUGACUCAAGAUUGGACCAGUGUGUGUACAAUACACCUACAGUAUCUCAAGUUGCAGCCAUUUGGUCUGAAAGUGUUCUCAAUAGUACUCAAACUUCCAGAAACAUUGAAAUUUCUACAAAAACAGGCAACAAGAAAAUAGUUAAGCAAUACUAUGGAUGUUAUGAUGCAUUGCAAUAUCCUCUUAUAUAUGCUCGAAGUGAAACAGGUUGGCAUCCAGGAAUUCUUCGGAAAACCAAAGCUGAUAUAUUAGAGCUACCUCAUCAGACUUGCAGUCAAGAAAGUUUACUGCCUCUUCAGCAAUGUACCAAUAUGGAUCAUAUUAUAGAUGCAGAAGAGCAACGUACACUGUCAGACAAAAAAAAAGAGAAGGCCAACUAUUUCCUGUCGAGAGUAAAGCUGGAGACUUCGAGAUUGGAAUUUUACAGAGGUAGACAAAAUAAAUUAAGAAUAGAAGCAUAUCAAGGAUUAGUAGACAUCUUUGCAAAUGGUGAAAGGAAUGGUGCAAAUGUUGGCAAGCGGAUCAUUUUGCCAGCAAGCUUUAUAGGUGGCCCAAGAGACACGCGUCGUAGGUACAUGGAUGCAAUGGCAUUAGUGCAACGGUAUGGAAAACCUGAUAUUUUCCUUACUGUGACCUGUAAUCCCUCAUGGCCGGAGAUCAAACAAUACUUGGAUGAAAGAGAUGAAAGUCAUAAUCGACCUGACUUAAUUGCUCGUGUCUUUCGUGCAAAAAUCGAACAGCUGAAAGAAGACCUGUUGAAAAAAAAUCUUUUUGGACAAGUUGCAGCAUAUACAUAUGUGGUUGAGUUUCAAAAACGGGGUUUACCGCAUGCUCACUUUUUAAUCAUCCUCAAAGACAAAUGGAAAAUGUACUCUCCAGAAGAAUAUGACAGAAUUGUCUCUGCCAGAUAG